AUGAGCUCGUAUACACCCAGCAGUGCUGGACGUAGACGACAAACUACUAGGACUGAUGCAGAAGAAAGGGCUUUAGACAGAAUUUCUAGAGAAGCUGAAGCUCGUUCAAAGGUUAAAAGGGAAACACGCGAACAAGCCAGACAGCAUAGGUACACGUUGUUAGAAAAGAAAGUUGAGGAGGAAGCAGAAGCUUAUCGUCAAGAUGCUGCGUCGACCUCUAAUGGAAUCUCUCACAGCCAUGAAGCGAAUGAAAAGCUAAAGGAUAAGGUGGUUGAGCUUGAAGAUAGGGUCCAACAGGCUAUGUUUCUUUACUCUCAAUUAGAUAAUGAGAAGUCUGCCUUACUUUAUGAGGUUGAUUUGCUCAAAGACGACUUAGAAGAAAAAGAAGUUUUACUUUCCACUUCGCAAAGGGAGGUGCGAGAUUUAACUAGCGAGGUCAAAUCUCUGAAAAGAACCAUAGAAACCAUGACAUUAACCCAAAGUAAUCUGAAGAUAGAAAUAGCUCAAAGAGACCAUUUGAUACAGGAGAAUGGAUUAGUUCUAGUGGAACAGGAAAAUGAGGAACCAUCUAAUCAGUCUGGAGACAGUAAUGGAUCCUCCAAUAAUGUUAAGCAUGGCCCUAUUUUGUUUUCUCAGGAAACGCUUAAGCUUGUUGAACGGGUUGUACCUGGGUCCUCUAGUCUUGACGAAAAAAUAAGAAAACUAGUUGAUAUUAAUAAGAAAAUGAGAAAAGAUGUUGAAGAGAUGGAGCAAUCUAUAUACAGUUCGAAGAUGUCCAGAGCGAAUCAGCAUAACUCUGCCAUUGCCAAUGGUGGACAGGAUGAAGCAAGCAGUAGUGCAUCCAUAUCCAAUUUACAAGAACAACUCAAGGAUAGCGCUAAACAAGUAGCUGACUUGAAAUUCAAAUUACAAGAAGCUGAACGGGAGAAUACCAAUCUUCAAGGAGUUGUGAUUCGAACUGAAGGUCAAAUGAAGCGCUAUAAGCAGAAUUGCGAAACAGCGGAAAAAGAGCUAACGGAGGCCAAAAGUGAAACUCGACAGCUUAAGAAAGAGAUACGUGACAAAGAAAAUGCUCUGGAUGAAGCGAAGGAAACAAACAAACAUCUGCAAAGCAGAUUAGAAAAGUAUCGAACACAACGUGCGAGACCAUUGUAG